CAGAAUGUUUAUCAGAAACAUUGUAGUGGUGUUUAUUGUGGACAGUAUGCUAACAGAAUUCGCCGAAGGAGCUAACUGCGGAGGAGGAGGGGGUAGAACUAUCGGCGAAAAUGAUCCAAACAAGAAGGAUGAUGACUUGGAUGGAACAACUGGUACCAGUACACUUAUCAUUAACAACGACUACAAAGUGGACUGUGACUGUGGAAAUAUAUACGAAUGGGAAUACUACGCCAAGACCAACAGCGGAACCGUCCAUUUACAAGUGUGGAGGCUGUUAUCUGGGAAUACCUAUACACUAGUAGGAGAGAACAUCAUCACCGUAACUUCGGGAAUGGUGAACGACGAACACACUGCAGCGAUUGGAAUUGGAGAAAGAAUCCAAGUACAACAAGAUGAUUACCUAGGGAUAUACAAUCCAGGUAAUCCAAUAGUGUCAAAUAAAAACGAGGGGGGAGGGAAGGACUUCAAGGAGACAACGAAUGUUGGCAAUAUAGGAGUUGGCGGCACGUUUAACUGGGGAACCGUAACAACGGACGAUGAUAGGAAAUACGCACUAAACGCCAAGUAUAACCUAAACACACUUACCAAGUAUAACCUCAACACACUUACCAAGUAUAACCUCAACACACUCACCAAGUAUAAUCUCAACACACUCACCAAGUAUAACCUCAACACACUCACCAAGUAUAACCUCAACACACUUACCAAGUAUAACCUCAACUCACUUACCAAGUAUAAUCUCAACACACUUACCAAGUAUAACCUAAACACACUUGCCAAGUAUAACCUCAACUCACUUACCAAGUAUAACCUCAACUCACUUACCAAGCAUAAUCUCAACACACUCACCAAGUAUAACCUAAACACACUCACCAAGUAUAACCUUAACACACUUACCAAGUAUAACCUAAACACACUUACCGAGUAUAAUCUCAACACACUCACCAAGUAUAACCUCAACACACUCACCAAGUAUAACCUCAACACACUUACCAAGUAUAACUUCAACACACUCACCAAGUAUACUCUCAACUCACUUACCGAGUAUAAGCUCAACACACUUACCAAGUAUAAUCUCAACACACUCACCAAGUAUAAUCUCAACACACUUACCAAGUAUAAUCUCAACACAUUUACCAAGUAUAAUCUCAACUCACUUACCAAGUAUAAUCUCAACACACUCACCAAGUAUAACCUAAACACACUCACCAAGUAUAACCUCAACACACCUACCAAGUAUAACCUUAACACACCUACCAAGUAUAACCUCAACACACUUACCAAGUAUAACUUCAACACACCUAUCAAGUAUAACCUAAACACACUCACCAAGUAUAACCUUAACACACUUACCAAGUAUAACCUAAACACACCUACCAAGUAUAACCUAAACACACUCACCAAGUAUAACCUCAACACACCUACCAAGUAUAACCUUAACACCCCUACCAAGUAUAACCUCAACACACUUACCAAGUAUAACUUCAACACACUUACCAAGUAUAAUCUCAACACACCUACCAAGUAUAACCUUAAUACACCUUCCAAGUAUAACCUAAACACACCUACCAAGUAUAACCUAAACACACUCACCAAGUAUAACCUUAACACACUUACCAAGUAUAACCUAAACACACCUACCAAUAUAACCAAAGGGACACCUACCAAGUAUAACCUAAACACACUCACCAAGCAUAAUCUCAACACACCUACCAAGUAUAACCUAAACACACUCACCAAGCAUAACUUCAACACACCUACCAAGUAUAACCUAAACACACCUACCAAAUAUAACCUUAACACACCUACCAAGUAUAACCUCAACACACCUACCAAGUAUAACCUAAAGACACCUACCAAGUAUAACCUUAACACACUUACCAAGCAUAACUUCAACACACCUACCAAGUAUAACAUAAACACACCUACCAAGUAUAACCUUAACACACUAAUCAAGUAUAACAUAAACACAUCUACCAAGUAUAACCUAAACACACCUACCAAGUAUAACCUUAACACACUUACCAAGUAUAACCUCAACACACUCACCAAGUAUAACCUCAACACACCUACCAAGGAUAACCUUAACACACUUACCAAGUAUAAUCUCAACACACUUACCAAGUAUAAUCUCAACACACUCACCAAGUAUAACCUAAACACACUUACCAAGUAUAACCUUAACACACUUACCAAGUAUAACAUAAACACACUUACCAAGUAUAACCUCAACACACUCACCAAGUAUAACCUAAACACACCUGCAAAGUAUAACCUGAACACACUCACCAAGUAUAACCUUAACACACUUACCAAGUAUAACAUAAACACACUUACCAAGUAUAACCUCAACACACUUACCAAGUAUAAUCUCACCACACUUACCAAGUAUAACCUAAACACCCUUACCAAGUAUAACCUAAACACACCUACCAAGGAUAACCUUAACACACUUACCAAGUAUAACCUCAACUCACUUACCAAGUAUAAUCUCAACACACUCGCCAAGUAUAACCUAAACACACUUACCAAGUAUAACCUAAACACACCUACCAAGUAUAACCUUAACACACUCACCAAGUAUAACCUAAACACACCUACCAAGUAUAACCUUAACACACUCACCAAGUAUAACCUAAACACACCUGCAAAGUAUAACCUGAACACACUCACCAAGUAUAACCUUAACACACUUACCAAGUAUAACCUAAACACACUCACCAAGUAUAACCUCAACACACUUACCAAGUAUAACCUCAACACACUUACCAAGUAUAAUCUCAACACACUUACCAAGUAUAACCUCAACACACUUACCAAGUAUAAUCUCAACACACUUACCAAGUAUAACAUCAACACACCUACCAAGUAUAACCUUAACACACUUACCAAGUAUAAUCUCAACACACUUACCAAGUAUAACCUAAUCACAUCUACCAAGUAUAACCUAAACACACUUACCAAGUAUAAUCUCAACACACUUACCAAGUAUAACAUCAACACACCUACCAAGUAUAACCUUAACACACUCACCAAGGAUAACCUAAACACACCUACCAAGUAUAACCUAAACACACUCACCAAGUAUAACCUCAACACACUUACCAAGUAUAACCUAAUCACACCUACCAAGGAUAAUCUCAACACACUUACCAAAGAUAACCUAAACACACUUACCAAGUAUAACCUAAUCACACCUACCAAGGAUAAUCUCAACACACUUACCAAAGAUAACCUAAACACACUUACCAAGUAUAACCUAAACACACCUACCAAGUAUAAUCUCAACACACUUACCAAGAAUAACCUAAUCACACCUACCAAGUAUAACCUCAACACACUUACCAAGUAUAAUCUCUACACACUUACCAAGUAUAACAUCAACACACCUACCAAGUAUAACCUUAACACACUCAACAAGUAUAACCUAAACACACCAACCAAGUAUUGA